AUGUUGUUACAGAAUGCUUCAAUCACAGUGAAACACUUUAUUAUAGGUGGUUUUGACACAGUCAAAAGGCCUGUAGCAGUUGGUGUGGUUAUUUUGAUAAUCUAUAUACUAGCUAUUUUUGCCAAUACGGCAAACAUCCUCUUCAUUAUUUUUGACAAGAGAUUACAUAAACCAAUGUAUCUUCUGGUUUGCAACCUUGCUGUUGUUGAUAUAAUGUACACUUCCAGUGCCACUCCAACAAUGAUUGGGGUUCUCCUUGCUGAUGUUAAAACCAUAUCAUACGUGGAUUGCUUAAUUCAAAUGUGUGUUUUCCACUUAGCAAUGGUGAUGGAACGGUUUGCUCUAGCAAUUAUGGCAUUCGAUCGAUUAAUUGCUAUAAUUUUUCCUUUUCAUUACCACUGUUUUUUGACAAAUACACGUACUGUUGUUCUUACAUAUAUCUUGUGGAUUAUUGGAUGUGGUACUGUUGUCUUGUUUCCUGCAACAGUUAUCCCUCUCCCUCACUGCACCUUGAAGCUUAAGUACACUUUCUGUGAAUAUGCUGCCAUAAUGCGAACCACUUGUGUCAACAUUGAUGAGUAUUUCAACCAAAGUGCCAUUUGGUCAUUUUUUAUUUCAUCUUUCACUUUCACUUUCAUUUGUAUUUCAUACUGUGGAAUCUUAUUUUGUGUGAAAUUAUCUUCAAAUAAUGACAAAAAGAAAAUGGGCAGCACUGUUGUGAGUCAUGCAAUUUGUGUAACAUGCUUUUACUCUCCUAUAUUCAUUAUUGUCAUCUUGAGUAGAGUUGGCGUGGUAUUAUCUCUUGACGAACGUCAGGGUUUAUUGAUGGGGAACAUUCUCGGUCCAUCUCUUGUAAAUCCUUUUGUGUAUUGUCUUAGAACAACAGAAAUUAAAAAUAAGAUGGUUAAGAUAUUCAAAAAGAUUCUUAGAUUCUUGACCGUGGAAAGUAUGGUGUUGAAGGCACUGGAGAAAUCAAAGAACAUCAUUCUCACAGUGCUCCCAGCGGUCUCCAGUAUGUCAUUACCCAAUGCUUCGAUCAAAGUAACACACUUUAUUAUAGGUGGAUUUGACACAGUUAAAAGACCUAUUGCUGUUGGUGUGGUUAUGCUGAUAACCUAUCUACUUGCUGUUAUUGCCAAUGUGCUAAAUAUUCUCUUCAUCAUUUUUGACAAGAGAUUGCAUAAACCAAUGUAUAUUCUGAUUUGCAACCUUGCUGUUGUUGAUAUACUGUACUGCUGCAGUACCACUCCCACAAUGAUUGGGGUUCUACUUGCUGGUGUUAAUACCAUAUCCUAUGUUGAGUGUUUCAUUCAAAUGUCUGUUUUCCACUUAGUAGGAGUGAUGGAGUUGUUUGCUUUAGCAAUUAUGGCAUUUGAUAGAUUCAUUGCUUUUUCUUUUCCUUUUCAGUACCACAGUUAUUUAACAAAUACACGUACUCUUGGUCUUACAUACAUUCUGUGGGUUGUUGCCUCUGGUUUUGUUGCUGUUAUGCCAGUAACUGCAGCUACACUUCCUUACUGUACCUCAAGGAUGAAGUACGCUUUCUGUGACUAUGCUGCUGUAAUACGCACCACUUGUGUUGAUCCUAAUUACUAUUUCAAUUUAGUCUCAGUCAUGAUGUUUUUUCUUUUAUUUUUCACUUUUUCUUUCAUUGGCCUUUCAUAUUUUGUGAUUGCAUUCUUAAUGAAAUUUUCAUCAAAUAGAGAUAAAAAGAAAAUGGCAAGCACCUGCGUGACUCACUUGAUUGUAGUAACAUGUUAUUAUUCUCCUUUAUUUGUUCUCAUUGUCUUCACCAGAGUGGGUGUGGUAUUAACACUUGAGGAACGUCAGGGUUUAUUGAUUGGGACCAUCCUUAGUCCAUCUCUUGUAAAUCCUGUUGUGUACUGUUUCAGGACAAAGGAAAUUAAAAAUAAGAUCUUUACGAUGUUCACAAAAAGGCUGACAUAUCCAACUAGAUUCUUAUGA